AUGGACCUCGAGCCACAUCUGACCCAGCUAUUUAUCAACAAUCAAUACGUUCCUUGUCGGAAUUACAAAAAAAUUUCGGUCUUCAAUCCAGCGAACGAGAGCCUUGUGAGCGACCAAAUACCUGUUGCAGGAGAAGAAGAUGUUGAGGCAGCAGUGGAGGCAGCAACCGAAGCGUUCGCCCUUGGAUCUCCGUGGCGAAGAAUGCUUGGCAUUGAGAGACGCGACCUCAUUUUGAGGUUCGCCGACCUCUUAGAAGCAAACAAAGACUUUCUGGCAUCUCUGACCAGAUUGACCCUGGGAGUUCCAUUCAACCACUUCGGGAAGGGGGAGAUUGACACGGCUAUUGCAUGUUUCCGCUACUACGCUGGAUGGAUUGACAAGUUCGCUGGAAGGAACUUUCCUGCAGAUGAUGGAUUCUACAAAAUUGUCCGCAAUGAACCUUUGGGAAUUGUUGCCGGGAUCAUUCCAUGGAAUAGUCCUCUUGCAUCGGUUGCACUCAAAGCUGCUCCGGCGUUGGCGACCGGAAAUGUGUUCAUCUUGAAACCGAGUGAAAAGACACCUCUGAUGUCCGCUGCUUUGGGGAAGCUGGUGCUCGAAGCAGGGUUCCCUCCAGGGGUGUUUCAAGUCUUGACCGGGGAUGGAAGUACAGGGGAGCUACUUGCCAGACAUAUGAAAGUCGCUAAAGUCAGCUUCACGGGCAGCAUUGCAUCUGGAAAGGCAGUGCAAGUGGCAGCAGCGUCUAGUAACCUGAAGAGAGUGACGCUUGAACUCGGUGGAAAGAGCCCUGCCGUGGUGUUCAACGAUGCGAAUCUAGCGAACGCCGUAAAGUGGUGUGUUGAUGGGUUGACCAAUAACUCUGGCCAGAUCUGCUUUGCUUCUUCUCGCGUCUAUGUCCAAGAAGAAAUAUUUGAUACGUUUAUGGAGGCAUAUGUAACAGCGUUCAAAUCCAAAGCCAAGGUCAUGGGUGAUCCCGAAGAGGAAGGGGUUGAAAUUGGACCAGUGGUAGACGAGGCUCAGUACAACCGAGUUAUCAAUAUUAUUGACUCUGCGAGAGAUGCUGGCGAUGGCACCUUAUUAGUAGGCGGCAAGACAAGAUAUGGCAAGGGAUAUUUUAUCGAGCCUGCGGUGUUCUCACACACCAAAGACACUGCUUCAAUCUAUCGGGAAGAAAUCUUUGGUCCAGUUGCGGUCGUCAACCGAUUCAGCUCAGAGGAAGAAAUUAUCAAACGGGCAAACGACAGCAAAUAUGGUCUGAUGGCAGGCGUCUUUACUCAAGAUAUCAACCGUGCGCUUCGCGUGAGCUCGGCAAUCGACUCAGGUGUUGUCGGAAUCAAUUGCAUCAGUACAGUGAGCAUGAGCUGUCCUUUCGGGGGAACAAAGGAGAGCGGAAUAGGACGGGAGAUGGGUAUAGAUGCCCUCCGAGCCUGUACUGAGCCAAAGACCCUCUUGAUAAAUCUCGACUUUUGA